AUGUCAUUCAAUCCAGAUUCAAUUGAUUUAGAAAUUCUUUUUGACACCAAAGAAAAAGCGGAACAAUUUAUUAAAAAGUUUGCGGAGGGAUUCCGACAAGAUUUAAGUUCUUUUCCUAGUAGUUUUACAAACGCAAGGCUUAUUAAUAGUUCUAACCCUAGGAAACAAUACCUCGGUUUAAAGGAAAUUUAUCAAAGAGUAAUUAUUCCUAAUGUUGAGAACAAAAUACGAAGCAGAUUAAGGAAGAAAAAUCCGGGCCUUUCUGAUGCCCAAUUUAAUUUACUUCUUGGUAGGGAGAAAGAAAAAGAUUUAGAACUUUCUCGCAAAAAUUUAGAAUAUACUAGACUAAGUGGAGCAUUUAAUGUCUUAAAAACUGGUGAAACAGAAAGUAAUCUCCCUUCUGGUUUUGGACUAGGGAAAGCCACUUGUGGCACUUGUCAUAAAGAAAAAAGAAAUGAGGAACCAACCUUAGGACCAAAAGAAGCAAAAAAUAAUAAAGCAGGAUGA